AUGGCCUCUCCUUCCGCGACUACCCCCGCGGCACAUGCCACCGGGUCGCCGCCAGCCGCCGCUCCCGGCUCUAACGCGUCGUCUCCCAAGAACAUCAUUGACGUUGUCGAGCAAAUAGAAGCCGACAACGACGCUGAUUCCACCUACGCCUCCUCCACACUCACCGAUACCACUUCUCUACGGAGCUCGGCUCUUAGCUACAACUGGGAGCACGGCCGGCGAUAUCACUCAGAAGACUCGGGCGCGAAAUACUGGGGUCCGAAUGACGAGCGACAACAAGAGGCCGAAGAUCUUCACAAUGAGAUGCACAAGCAGAUUAGGGCCGGUGGGCUCUACUAUGCGCCGCUUGACAAGCCUCAGCAUGUUCUAGACGUCGGAUGCGGAACAGGAGCUUGGGCCAUGGACUUUGCCGACGCCAACCCCAGCGCCGAAGUCAUCGGUCUCGAUCUUUCCCCAUCCAGCCCACCUGGGUCCCGCCCAACUGCCGAUUCGAGGCGCGCUAGAACACAUCAAGCCCGGCGGCUGGAUCGAGCAAGUCGAAUUCUCCAGCGCCACCCGCUCCGACGACAACACCAUGCCCCCGGCUCCGCCAUCGAGCGCUGGACCGACCUCUGGCUCCAGGUCGGCAGCAAGAUCGGCGUCACGUUCCAGGCCGCCGAGGAGUCGUACGACGCCAUCACCGCCGCCGGUUUUGUUAAUGUCGAGCAACGCAUCCUCAAGGUGCCCCUCGGGCCCUGGGCCAAGGAUAAGCAGUACAAGAACUGGGGACAGUGGUACCUCGCUUUCAUCCUCCAGGGUAUCGAGGGUUUCGCCGUCCGUUCCUUUACUGAAGUUCUAGGUUGGAGCAUCGAAGAAGCUCAUCUCUUCCUCGCGGAGAUGCGCAAGAACUUGCAGGAUCCGAGCAUCCACGCCUACUCCGAGUUGCGCAUUGUCUACGGCCAAAAGGCCAUCGAACCAUCCACCAGCUCUCCAUAG